AUGCCGCGAUUUCGAGAUCAUUUGGGCAAAGCAAAGCCGAGCAUGCAGAAUACACCAAACAUCAUCCGCACUUUGGCUAUAUGGCAACAGCCAGAGUUUGCUGAUGUCUCAGUGCCAGACGAAGACGACGACUUUGUUCAUGGAUUCGACGCGUUUGUGGAUCAGGUUAGCCAACCGGCGAGAGAGCAUGCGAUUAGAUAUAACCAGGCACGCUCUGCGAAAAAGGAGCAUACUCCUACCAAACCGUCAACAUACAUAUCUUCCCUACAGGAAGCUGCAGUGGACCAAAAGGCCGAGUACACCGGCUCAAAGAUCAAAUCCUCUAUUCGGCAGACCAUCAGGGAUAUGCCGACUUUUACCGGGAUAGAAAAACGAGCACAGAUGUUGCUACAGGCAGCGGGAUUCCUUGACAUUGAAAAACUGAUAGAAAGUCAGCCAACAAACAAGAAAGAAAGGAGACCGGUCGUUCCUCAGUUGGAAUUUUCUCCAGACAGGCCACUUGACUUCUAUCCCAUGCAUUGCGCCAACGCUCAAUGCAACACCAUCAUCACUGGAAGCAUGUUUACAUCCGACAACCCCAAGGAGGCCCGUGUAAUCUGUGAAGAUUGCUACCUUCAUUUCUUCUACGGGAGGGAAUCAUACAUGUGUCCUUGUCAACGGGUUCCUCAUUUUGAUAAAGACAACAAACCCCUACCACUAUUUCCGGUUGACCGAAAUGCUCCACAUGACAGGUAUAGACUGGCCACAAACGGGGUAACUUGCAAACUCUGGACCCUCGACGAUCGCGUUGCCAUUGCAAAGUAUAACGCACUUCGAACAGCAGCAGGGCUUAAAGAAACCAAGAAGGGAAUAAAACCGACUUCUGCUGUUCAUACAAUGAUCAUGCUCGACAACACCCAGCCCCAGGGAAAUUCGGUUUUUGAGAUUUUCAGAAAAUCGUCAAAGGCUGGACAUGAGCGUUCCGAGCAGGUGGUACCCCCCUUGACGAGCUUGACUAACGUCGUCACCAACCCGAAAGCGGACCCGGAUGUUCCAAUGUUCUUUAAAGAAUACGUUGAUGAGAAUCCUUUUGCAAAUGUCCAUAUGAAACUCCGUGUUGGACCGCUGAUUAUCGAAAAUGGUAUAUCCGAGGGUGCUCUUGUCACUUUGAGGGAGGCUCCCGUCUUUCAUCAGCGUCUGAGUCUCUCUGACAAGGGAAAGCAAGGUCUUAUUGUGAUAGGCUCCGAAAAACAAAAAGUAUGGAAACAUAUUCAACCAGUCCAACGUUUGACGAACUACAAAGCGGUCAUGAAACAAGUUGUCGGCGCCCCUUUCAGCGGUCUCUUGCUAGAAGACGAUGAGCGUGCAAUGAUUGGCGAUGUUAUUUAUGCGAGUCAAUCACUAUCUGGGACAGGGACAGAUCUCAAAGACCCACUUGAACGACUACUAAAGAAUCUUAUGAGAAUUAUAGGCACUCGCGUGAAGAUAUACCUCAGCAGUAUAGCAGAACGACUUUUGAGUCCAACCACGCGCCUCUCAUGGAAUUCCAUGCACAACAAUUGCCAACAAUUUUGCAACUCGCUCAUCGACCACAACAUCUUCCGGCCUUUGAUCAGCGACUUGGUCGAACCUCUCUACCUCAUGAGCUUCCUCUGCCCUGACGAGGGCUAUAUGCGGCCGAUAGUUCACAAGUUCAGCGUCCCAUCUGGACUGACACAGGAUUACAUUUCGCAAUUCUACUUUGGUCGUUCCGAUAAGGAAGCCGACAUUAUCGAUACAUACCAGGAAUAUUGGUACGAUUGGGGCGCCUUCGGAGGGCCCAUAUACAAAUAUCAAAAUAUUUUCCCUGGGACUGCACCGAGGCUUAUGGUCGAUAUCCGACACGUUGCGGUAAUUGUAAUCUGUCCAAACACGUCUGGGCAUUUCCGUUUGAUUCCUGGUCUAUGGUAUCGCAUCACCUUACUCGCGAUCAACACAUUUUCCACAGAGCCUACCCCUCAAUCCUGGAUGCGCAAUCGACUCAACGUUUUAAGUGCAUCAACAAGUCUUUACCGCGGCGCAGUGGCCAUGGCCAUAACAGCCAUAUUCCGUUCUGCAACAGCUUGGCUAUCACCAUCCUCAAAACUAGGAACAGAACUGUCCUCUCGAGAUCCAUAUCUAGCACGCGUCAAGAUAGGCGGAAUCCACCGUGCUCAACCUUUCGGUCAUCUCCUCUUCGAUGCUAAGAAACAAACUACAUUUUUCCAGGCGGAAUGGGCAUCGAGACCGUUUUAUCAACAAGUUGAGGCUUAUGAAUCUGCGCGAGAAGAGUGUAUCAAACUUUCUGAUGUUCCAGGACUGAAUGUACCUCCUCCUCCAUCAAAAGCAGAGAAUAAAUCCGGCUCUCCCUCUCAACGCAACGAACAAGUGGCAAAUACAGUAGACAUCAACGAAAUUUACGCAGAUGCAGCACUCACAAGCCGUAAUGCCACAAGUUGGAGUGCGGGUUGUGCAGUGGAGUGCGGAUCGAGUUGUGCCUCUGGAUGUGGGAAUAGUAGUUGUGGAGGUGCCGCGGGAAGUAGUACUUACCCUGGUACGAGUGAUACGACCCAUGGAGGGAGUAGUAGUGGUGCUGGUAGCUAUGGGGAUAGGAGUGCUGGUCAUGGGAGUAUUAAUACUAGUAGUUGUGGGAGUAGUUGUGGGAGUAGUUGUGGGAGUAGUAGUGGAGGAGGAAGUAGUAGUGGAGGGGGCAGCAGUUGUGGAGGAGGGGAUGGGUGUGGGAGCAACUGA